CGGGCAUUCAGUUUACGCAUUCAAGACCCGCUACAGAGUAGCGGGAAUAAUUGGCUGGCUAUUGUAGCGGAGUUGGCCGAUUGAAUUGUUUUAUUGUCUCACCGCACACAUUCUGCAUCGAAAGCCAGCAAUGCUUGAUGACAGGAUGGACAUUGACGCGCCCCCGGACCUCUCCGACAACCAACUGGAGGCGCUUCAGUCGCGCAUGAAUGGCUUGGCUACCCUCUUGGACUGGCCUGUUGGCCUAUCUACUGCGGAGGCAGAUGAGCGCCGUUGGCCGAGAAUCAUGCACAGCGUUCUUGGGAAUCUUUUGACCCUGUUGGAUCAUACAGACAUGGAAGAGCGCAUUCAGGGCCUCGGCAACGCCGAGUCGAUCGUGAACAAGCUCAGCGCUGGUGACCGCAGCCGAUGGAGGGAUUGGAUUAGGACAGGAAUCAAAAGCGGCGAUUGGACCUCCCUAAUUGCGAAUUGGAGGGCACGCUCCGCAAGAGAAGCUGAAAGGGAUACUCGGGACCGUCAUCAAGUCGUCAGUGCGGAGGAGCUUGCUGAGGCAUACCGUUCACCAUUUGUGGGAGCUGCUCCUGACAAUUUCGUUCAGCACCUCACCCAGACCGACAAAAGAGUGAAAGGUACCCUUUAUUGCAACGCCAUUUCGGUAGUUCAAAGCUCCGGGACUGGGAAGUCGCGGAUGCUCACCGAGGUUGGCGCGAAAGUCUUCACCCUCCCCGUGUGUCUUCGUAACCCAAACGAUCCCGGAUAUCCCUUAUCAGACGAGGCCGCGUUUCUCUACUUCCACAACCUUAGGUCCAAGUGUGGUGGGAAUGAUCUGAGCCUCAGCACGCUUUCAGGCAUCGCCUGUUUCCUUGCUGCUGCGUAUGAAACUAUGCUAUCCAGGCUCCGGGACAUACAGCAGGAAGUGGGUAAAGAUGUUGAAAAGAUUCGUGAAAAGUGGUACCGGAUGAUGGAGAAGGACAGUUCACGUGGUGAUCGUGUGGUUUUUUUUCAAGAUGUGGUGGAACGGGCAGAGAAGAUAGAGAAGAUAGUACAAGGAGGAAGUCCACAGCGCAAUAGCGCUAACAGGGCAGGGAAGCCACGAACAGGAAACAGUCCAAAGCCCGAUGGCGAUAACAAGGCAGAGAAGAUAUCUCCAGGAAAUAGUCCGAAGCCCGAUGGCGAUAACAAGGGCCCAGGCAAGGCAACUGAUGUGGCCAAGGACCAAUAUGACCAGCACGUAAAAAAGGCGUUCAAGGACCUCAUGACGUUCAUUGAAACCCUUACCGAUGACAUAUGCGUGACAUACUUUGACGAGGCUCAUGAACUGGAUAUAUGUUUCUGGAUUAUGUUGCGGUUAUUGAAUGCUCAUGAUCGAUCCCAAAAAAUGUGGUAUGUGUUUUUGGGAACGAAAUCAUCCAUGUCGUAUUACAGUCCUUCCCCAAAAAAUAUGAUUUCUGCAAGACUCAGGAACCAAUCAUUUCGCCUGGAGCUUCCCUACUUUGUACUGGACUUUGAUCAGCGGGCCAUCGAGAACACUAAGGCUCCAGGACCCGUCAAAAUGAGUGAUUUUGGUACGAUCAAGCAUCUUGCCCAAUAUGGGCGCCCCUUGUGGCAUGCACAGAGCCAUGAGAAUAUUACCGCUGCCACAGAGCUCGCGGCCUCAAAGCUCACCGAAUUCCAGGAUUUUGAGGCAACUGAUCCCCAUCAUGUAUUCGCCGUGCUUUCUCAGCGGCUUUGUCUCGAUCCUGUCCUAUCGAAUGCCAGGGCGGUUGAACUAGCCGAUAACAGCGUUGCCCACCACAUGAGACUUCUUACAGGCUUCUUGUUUGGUGGUGCGAUAUCUCGCACCGAUUCGCCGUCGGAACCGCUUCUAGCGUUGGGUGCUGCUUCCUUAAUGUACGAGCCUGACAAAGAACCCAACAGAUUGGCCGCUAUCCUUGGGACAUUAAAUUUAAAGUUGUUCUCCGCAGGUUUAAUAGAAAAGGGACUUAUGGGCGAACUUGCCGCCCGGUUUCUACUCCUUGUUGCACGCGACUACGCAGCCCCAAUUGGUAAAACGGGUCCCGAUCUCCUAAAACCCGUUCGGUUGUUAGAAGUCCUCGAAAAACUCCUCGGUAAGCUCCCGUGGGAUCGUAGCGGUGUGAAAGCUGCUUUCGAUGAUACAUAUGUCAAUUUCACACAUUGGAUCCUUACAAGAGAUGCCUUACCGGAAAAGCCUACUCGGUACAUAGUUCCUUGCGUGCCGGUCCAUGUGUUUGCUUACCCCCCUAGGAAAUUACUUUCCAACUUAUGGGCCCGGGGAGCCAUAUUGCAGUGUUGCUUCAAUCAAGUCUCGAUCGAUUUCCUAUGCCCCAUUUACUUUGGUUCUGUCGAGCCAGACACGAUUUUUGACCCUGACCAGCUUUCGGGACUUGUGGUUCAGGUCAAGUUCAAAGAUGAAGGAGAUGUCAAUGCCCAAAGAAAGAUGCGACCAGCCGGGAUUGUUCGUGAUCCAAAUGACCCUCUCCCUUAUCUUGCCCUCCUGAUGGAGCUCGGUACCACUGUUCACCACAAAGCCUCAUCGGACGUGAUCAAUGGCAGGAUCAAGAUCACUCCUCCCAACUCUGUCACACAUGCCGAUUACGAAAGGCUGACGAAAGAGCAUGAGGAAGCCUUCCAGAAACUUUCCCAACACCAAAUGCAGUAUCCACGAGACAAAACAGUGCUGAAAAAACUGAAGGCAGAAGUUGAAGGCAGGCAACUAGAGAAGGAGCAUUACAACCGCUACCUGAUCACCGUUCGAGGUGCAGACCUCGAGACCUACCCCAUACUUGGUGAGGCAAGAAUUGCGUCGGAUUUUGGAAACUUGCUCGAGGCUGUCAAGCCUCAAUUACUGCCUCUAAAUAUUGCGGCCGGACAUAUGCGACCUCUGGAGCACUUAAGGGAUGGGUGUCCAGCUACUGACUGGUUGUUCAAUUAUGCACAGUGAAUUAAAUCCGUCAUGUGUGUAUGUAUCGUGUAUCUACAAUCCCCAGUCUCGUCAUCGCUGUAACUUGCACAGUAUUUGUAGAUGACCCAAAGGUUGUUUUCUGCUUUCAUGCUGGACAGAAUUGAUGAUGCGAUGGCAUUUCAAGGUACCCAAGAGGUCGGGGAUGAGAUAAAUAAACACUGC